CAAUCACCUCUUCUUCUUUUUUCAAGAAUUAAUUUCUAAUUAUUUUUUGAAAAAGAAAAGAGUAGAGAAAAUGCCAGGAAUCGCAAUCGGCCGUUUCGAUGACUCGUGCAGCGCCGCCUCCAUUAAGGCAUACGUCGCCGAGUUCAUCUCCACCUUGCUCUUCGUCUUCGCUGGCGUCGGCUCCGCCAUCGCUUUCAACAGUUUGACGGCGAACGCUGGUCUCGACCCGGCCGGGCUGGUGGCCAUCGCUAUCGCCCAUGCUUUCGCUCUGUUCGUGGCUGUCUCCAUCGCCGCCAACAUCUCUGGCGGACACGUCAACCCCGCCGUCACCUUCGGCUUGGUUGCCGGUGGCCAGCUGACCGUCAUCACCGGAGUUUUCUACUGGAUUGCUCAGCUUUUGGGCGCCGUUGUUGGUUCCUUCCUUCUCUCCUAUGUCACCGGCGGUUUGGCUAUUCCGAUCCACGGUGUCGGAGCCGGAGUCGGAGCCAUCCAGGGCGUCGUGUUCGAGAUCAUCAUCACCUUUGCCCUCGUCUACACCGUCUACGCCACUGCUGUGGACCCCAAGAAGGGCUCAUUGGGAACCAUCGCUCCCAUCGCCAUCGGUUUCAUUGUUGGCGCCAACAUCUUGGCCGCCGGCCCAUUCUCCGGCGGCUCCAUGAACCCUGCUCGCUCUUUCGGCCCCGCCGUUGCUGCUGGAGACUUCACCGGCCACUGGAUCUACUGGGUGGGUCCACUCAUCGGCGGCGGCCUUGCCGGAGUCGUCUACAGCAACUGCUACAUCCACCACGAGCACGCACCACUCGCUAGCGAGUUCUAGAUUUGUUUUGUUUUUGCUUUUGUAAUUUCACAUUUGUUUGUGGCAUGAAAAGUUUGUAAUUUCUAUUGUAAUAAAAGGAAUAGGGGAGGGGAAAUGUAUUUUUCUCUUUUUCUUUCCUUUUUAUUUUAAAUUUUUUAAAUGAUUGGAGAAAUUUGGUGGGCUGUUUGAAGAUGUAAAUGCAAUUUCUUUUUGUAAUGAUGUGGUUUUUCUGAAAAAUAUUGUGAAUUAAAUGUUGUUUAUUUCC